CACUCGCACUCGUAUAGUAAGGAAUACCUAUUCGCAAAUUCGCGUCAGCGUCAGCGUCACACUCGGUCGCGACUCGCGACUCGCAACAGCAAAACGCUUCCGCGGCCAAUGCGCAGGAAUCGUCGAUUGGCUUCGGCUCUCUCGUCGCCGUUCACUGUUCAGUGUUCACUCUUCGGUUUGGUUCAGUUUUCGAGAUUUUCUACGAGAAUAAAAAGAUAACUCUGUCGCGUUCCAGCAGUCGCAGUCGUAGUCGUAUACCAUCUUGUAUCGCGCUUCGUGCUUGGUGCUAUGCACUCGAACGUACAAAUACGAGUACCAUACAUACGCAAUUACGCGUGCAAUAUGCACGUAUAGGUAUGUGGUAUUUACCUAAAUGCAGCGUGAAUGCUCGAUAUCGACGUGUCGCCUGCUUUGAAUCUAUUUUGCCUUUGCCGGACCAAUUUGUGUGGCUAACUACGAGUACAUUACAAUUAUUACAUAAGUAGCUGUUUGAAUUUUCAAAUGUAAAUACAAAUGCAAGCUCUCCGAUGCAGUCGUGUUGAGACAUCGUCGUACCCAAAAUGAAGUGCCCCGAAUGCAACGUACAACAAUUAUUAGGAACUGCAAAACCGAUUAAAGAAGGAUAUCUGCUGAAACAUAAAAAGCGAAUUUUCGGCAAGAACUGGAAAGAGAAAUGGGUAGUGCUGCACGAAGAUUCGACCAUCGCCUGGUACAAAGACAAACACAAAGACAAGCUGAUCUCGCCAAAUGGAACAAUCAUGCUGAAAGAAGCUCCCGAAAUGCUGGCUGCUGGCCGCUUUGUAUUCCGCAUCCCGGGCGCUCCGUCACUGCCACCGGGUGCCACGUACUUCCAACUUAUGGCAUUCGGCACAAAAAAUCAUUUCAAAAUACACUGGUUUCUGGCCUCCUCCGAAGACGAAGUCAACGAAUGGAUGAGUGCCAUUUCAAACACGCUGCCAUUAGCACCUUCCACGAAACUGGAGGCUGUAACUAUCAGAGUAAGAAACGAUAAAAUAAUGAUAUACAAUAACGAAGGAGUACAUAUCGGAAGCAUACGUUCGAAUAUGAAAGCCGCGCAAAAGAAAUGCAAAAGUUGCUGCACGUCUUGCGACAAGCGAGCUGUGUGCGCAACGCCGACCAAUCAGGACAAGGACAAUGACAAGGCGACGACGACGAACUGCUGCUCAAACAGCAACAGCCGCAACGGUAGCAAAAGCACCAACACUAGUAAAAUGCUGUGCGAAACCGGUACCGGUCUGCUGAUGGGCACGGCUUCGGCCAGCGUCACGACCAGUUGGCGAGGCUGGGGCGAAGGCUUGGGUUGGAAUAUUAGCGGACUCAGCGGCGCCACUUACAACAGCGCCGAUCACACCAUACCCUCCUUACCGUACGAUUUCGACGACGCUGCCAACGGCACCAUAUCCACCAUAGAGCAUAGCUCCGAACUCAUGGAGUCGGCAGUCGAGUCCACCGGCAUUUUAGCCUUCGAUUUCUUCCUUUAAAUUAAUACCUAGACCUACGAGUAAUCACUCGACUCGACUCGACUCGUCUACUCUACUCGCGUGUCUACUACCUACCUACCUACUCACUCGCUUCUCCGUAACAAUCGCAACCUUUACCACCUACCAGUUGGGUACCUACUCGGUUCGACCAUUUUUCCCAAACCGAAAAUCCUACGCAGAGUUAAACCUUCUUCGGAAGAUUUCGAAAAUACACGAGUAGAUCGGGAUACCUUCUACGCGUAUCUCUUUGAAAUCAAAUUUCAUAAUCUGCAACCGAUUCGACCUUUUUCUUCGAAAGUGUGUGGAAUUGCAACUGGCAUGAAAGAUGAAGCCAGAAGCCUGAACCUAAUACCUAUUAGCGGGUUGAGCAACUCGAAAUUAUAGUGAUGAAUUAGUAGGUCUUUGGUUAGAACGUAAGUAGGCAGACACUAGGUACUUUACUUAUCUUUUGUAUGUGUUUGUGUAUUGCGUAGGCCGGUGCGGAAAAAUGAAAAGGUUCUACGAUUUUGCUCAAAUUUUCAUAUGUUGUACAGAUACAAUCGUACAAAAUUUCAGCUCCUUAGGUGUUUUGGGAGGGUAGCUAUCAACCCCAUAAAGUGAAGUCAUUUUUGAAGAGAAAAAAAAACCGUGUUUUUUAGAUUUCAAACUCUGAAAACCAAAAAUUGAAAAAUUAGCGAUAUAAAAUUGAGAAAACAGUUUUCGCGAGUUGAAAAAAACAUCAUUUCGUCCGCAUUCGCGGACUUGUAAGAAGGCUAAGAAUACUAAUAAUAAUAAAAAGAACUGAUUGCACCGUAGUGCAAAUUUUUUCAAUUUUCGGAUCUCAGGGUUUACUCUUAAAGGCCAAAAAUACGCGUUUUCCCCCCGAAAAUGACCCUAAUUUGGGGGUCCUGGCUCUCCUCCCAAAACACACCUAGGGACUGAAAUUUUCUAUGGUGGGUUUCUGACUCGAAUCAAAAUUUGAGCAAAAUCGCAGAACCUUUCAUUUUCGCGCGUCGGCCUCGUGUGUAUUAUUACUACAAAUAUUUAUGUAAUAUUAUUGUAAUCGUGAACGUCUGCAACUCAUUUCUUCCACGUAUACGUAUAGUGUGUGUGUGUGUGUGUGUAUGUACUAUGUACUAUGUAAACCUACCAAUUACCAUUGUUUUAAUCGUAAUAUUUACUCGUAAUUAUUGUAGACUGUGUUAUUUCGCCCUUUUGUUUGUUUGUUUGUUUUAUUUUUCUUUUUCAAAUGGUAGUUGGGCACUACUCGUAUUUCUGUCUUAGAAACUCGUAGUUGUAUCCACUAUCGUCUAUCGUCUAUCGUUGAAAACGGUGCCCAAUUACAUGUACCUACUUGUACUUUCAUACCUAAUUACCUACCAUAGGUAGUCGUCGGUACAUAUAUGUAUUUCUACUCGUAUCUACUUUUGUAAGUAUGUAUAGAGAGAGACCUUUACAACUACAUACAACCUAAGUAAACGUAACUGAAAAUCAAUUGAUCGCCUCCGAAACCGUAAUAUGUACUUAUCUAAGCAUAUUUUACAUAUUUUUCCUCGUAUUUUUCACACAUAUAUAUUUCGUUCCCCGGCGAGUAAAAACAUUGGAAAAAAUUGCUUUUGUACGUUAUACUUUUUUACCAUAUAAACAUUUGUAGAAACGAUA